AUGGUAGCAGAGGACAUCAUCUCUCAGAGGUACGAUGAUAUCGUCAAGAGCCCGUCAGAUCAGAGAGAGUAUCGAGGACUUGAACUCACAAAUGGCCUCCGGGUACUACUGGUAUCGGAUCCUACUACAGAUAAGUCUGCCGCUGCAAUGGAUGUUAAUGUUGGAAGCCUAAUGGAUCCAUGGGACUUGCAAGGGCUGGCGCACUUCUGCGAGCACAUGCUCUUUCUUGGUACUGACAAAUAUCCGAAGGAGAACGAAUACCAACGUUUUAUUACCGAGAACGGUGGAGACUGGAACGCUCGCACAGUCCCCGAUCACACAAAUUACCAUUUCUAUAUAAAGCCGGACAAAUUGAAGGGAGCACUCGACCGCCUUGUGCAGUUCUUCCUCUGUCCGAAAUUCACCGAAAGUGCAACCGAAAGAGAGGUAUGGACCAUUUGA